CUUCUCUACUUUUCUUUUUCUUCUCCAGCCGAACGUACAACUCCUUCUCUUUUUCUUCUUCUUCUUCUCUUCUUCUCUUUUCCUUCCCUGCUACUGCAACCCCUAACCGGCAGCAACGGAACCACAGCCGCACCUAACCCUCCUCUCUUCUUCUUCUUCUUCUUUUUCUCCUUCUUCUCAUCUUCUUUUUCUUUCGUUCCUCCAAAAUCUGCAGCUACCGAACCCUGCAACUCACUUCUUCUUUUUUUUUUUUUUCUCCAUCUUCUAUUCUUUGUAAGAACCUAACCGCCGCCGCCGCUGCCAUCACCCUUUUCAUGAUCGACAAACCUUGUGUCUUUCUCUAACCCAUUUCUUGGUGAAACUCCAACUGUCGCAGCACCACCAGCUCCAUCGAUGCCUUCGGCAGCAGUAGCGGUAGGUCCGGUGAGACUCCAUCUUCUUUAGUCGAAGGUGCAAUGGUGCCGAGGCUGCUACUGUCCUCUCAAUCCCCUUCUUAUCCUUCUCCUCUUCCUUUCCCUGUGGCUGAGAAGUAUCUCCUCUCUCUCUCUCUCUCUCUCGAUUGGACUUUGGGGGGGAUUGUUGGAACUCAAAGAGGCAUGGCGAUCGAACGUUUGUUUCUCUUUUGUUAUCGAUCUCGUCGCCUGGUUUCUGAGGCCGUCUUGGUUUUUUGAUUUCGGUUUCUCUUCAGUCUUUUUAGAUCGGUGAUUGUUUCUUUGUAGAUCUGUAAAGCUUUAAUGGAGUUGUUGAUAUUCUUUUAGCUGCUUUCGGUCUUCGGACUCUAGAAAUAGGUGGAUUUCCAGUUGAUCGAAGCAUGUGCGGUGCUCCGGAACACUUAAAACCUACAUCGUCGCAGUCUCCGUCUCUAUCUCCAUCUCUUUCAUCUUCUGAACAAAGCAUAUCUUCAACCAAAGGCAUGAAUCACUUGACUGUUGAAAUUGAUGAUUCUUUUGCCAGCUUGCUCGAGCUUGCCACUAACAACGACCUUGAAGGUUUCAAGCGCUCAAUUUAGCAUAAUGCCUCUGCCAUUGAUGAGAUUAGUCUAUGGUAUGGAUGCUAGAAGGGCUCAAAACGGAUGGUUCUCGAGGACAGAACUCCUUUGAUGGUUGCUGCCACCUAUGGUAGCGUUGAUGUUCUUCAGCUCAUCCUCACUUUACCUGAGGCGGAUGUAAAUUGGUCUUGCGGCCCAGAUAAGACUACUGCCCUCCACUGUGCUGCUUCUGGUGGAUCUGUGAAUGCUGUUAAUGUUGUGAAGCUACUUUUAAUGUCGGGUGCAGAUCCUAACUGUGUGAACGCCAAUGGACGCCGACCUGUGGAUGUUAUUGUUGUGCCUCCAAAGCCGUCGAACGUGAAAAUUGAUCUGGAGGAGCUUCUCUCAAGCACCGUUUCUAAUGGUUCUAAUGCUGAGCAUGGCCUUCGGGUCUCCACAGCUACUUCUAAUUCGAAUUCCCCUCCACUAUCAUCGUCCUCAGAGAACGGAUCCUCUUCUUCUAAGUCUGAUUUUCCAUCUUCACCGAUGACUCUGAAGUACAAUGAUCUCCCUGUGUCUUCAGCAUCGGAGAAGAAAGAGUACCCGAUUGCUCCCAUCUCCUCCCCUUUCCCAUCGGCUUCUUUUCUUUUUCCUGUUUUAUUUUUUUUAUUUCUUUAAUUUUCUGAUUAAAUAAUCCAUAUUUUUAUUUAUGUUUUCUA